UUCAAAUUUCAAUCCAUAUUCUGUAGUAUUGAUUUCAUUUUGUAUCUUCACAAGUUUUGCGUUACUUACUUUUUCUGUAGUAGAUUGUUUCUGAAUUACUUUAAAAUUCUCAUUCGCUUCAAGACUUUCUUCCCGAAUACAGUUAAAAUAAUCUGUGCUUUCAUCAGACUGCUUUUGUUCAUCUUCAUCAAUAUAUUCUACUAUUCCGAAACCUGAAAUUGACUCCAAGUCAUCUUGAGAUUUUUCUACUUCGCUUUGGUCAAUGUCGCCAGAUUGUUCUCCAUCUACUUCACAAGUAUCGAUACAUGAUUUAAUGUCAGAAUGAACUCGUCGUAUUUUCAAACAAGUAGGAAGUUUCAUUUUCUCACAAUCGACGUCAUAAUUGAUUAAAGACACAUCUCCAUUUUCCUCUUGUUGUAUGGAUCUGAAGAGGGAAUUCGUGGUUUCACAAUUCUUUCGGAAGCGCCAAGCAACAGAAAGAUCAUCCAAACAGCGAUUACAUAUUUUGUUGGAAACUUUAAUACUUAUAUCGGACAAAUUUAAUCCUGAACAUAACGAAAUCUUUUCGGCAAUUGAGAAACUUGACUCUGGCGACGACUGAGUACUACUCUCUUUAUCUCCAGAGAAGACAGAUAUCAAUUCACCUCCAUCGUCUUGAAGGCAAAUAACGCAGACGAAAUUUAAAUCGAUCACAACUGCCAUUAUUAUUUAUUUACGUUGUUUACUACAAAAUUUUAUUAAUCCUUUUUGUAAAUCCUUUAUCAAAACAAAAACAAUAAAUUUAUUAAAAUUUGACAGAACGACAAAACCUGUCAUUUGUCAAUAAGGCUAGUAUACACGGUUUCGAUGAGUACACUGUGAUAAAUAAAUAGCAACCGUAAACCUGAAAUGAACUACUGAUGUAUAUUAAAUUUAAUACAAAUAAACAAAAGGAGUAUAUACAGAAACUUUGAAGUUAAAUAUCUUUUAGAAAUAAAAACGUAGUUGUCAAUGCAAAGAACUUAUUGAUGUUUAUUGCUAACAAUAAAUAUCAUGUUAAAUGUUCUGAUAGUUAUUGCCUACUGUAAGAAAUAUGCUACUUUAAUUAGAGAACGUAUAAUGAAUAAAAAAUAAAUCUACGUUCUCUGUCUCUGCUAUCAUGGAAAAUAAAGAAUCAAAACAAAAAAGGCGCAAAGAAAUGUCGAAUCCUAUAGCAUUCAUAACCGAGAAUUUAUGUUCAUAUUUAUUAGAAAAACCAAACCUAUUUCCUGGUGUGAAUAUCCCAAAGAAAGCGACAAAUUUCAUACGCACACAUAAAGAAAAAUUAAAAGUACAAGGAGAAUUCAGUUUUCAUUGCCGUUCAGAACUAUGGAAUAACUGUUGUAAAGAAACGGGACACAAGCUGCGCUCAAUUGCAUUUGAUAUGUUUAAGAAGGAUGAAGGAGAAGAUGUAUCUAUUAAUGCGCAAGAAAGGUUUCUUCAAACGGCCGCUGGCUGGACGUUUCCAGUAGAACGGAUAAAAAUUGAUAAUGAGCGAUGCUUUUUGUACCUGCAACGACAAGCGGUGAUGACAAUGUUAAUUCAACAGGUUUUGAAAAACGACCACACUAAUACCUUUGCGAAGCUGGAAAAAGACCCUAGACAAAGGGUAUUUUUUAGUCGUCUAAACCAAGCCGGAGAAGAAAUUGAAGAACUGUCAUUUUAUAGGGUUAAACUUUUAGAGGAUAUCCUCGGUCGGGUUUUCGAAUACUCGAAAUGGACUAUGCUAACAGAGGAAGAAGUAAUGGAAGUAACGCAAGGCAAAGGAGAAAAUGUUGUUUUGCAAGUACAAGUAAUCAGUGCUGCUAGUAAGCCCUCGAUAAAUUCAGUUAUUAUUCCUUCAAGUAAGCUGAGCUCUGCCACCAUUCGAUGUGGCAUAGUUAUUGACCCAAUUACUGGAAAAAUAACAAAAUUGAAAACCAAAGAGUAUCUGAGUUGCCGAUCUAAUGAUAUGUGCUUAAUGGCAAUGCAUAAGUAUGGUGUCCGAGUAAAAGAUGAUACAAGGUUUAGCACAUUGAUGUCUCGCUUAGGUACAGCAGCGGUUACUGUUGAUUUGAUGGAAGUGCGUUUUUCAAGUCCGGUUCAAAUAAUUCGUAGCGGCAAAGGUAGUACAAAAGGUGCUGCCUUUAUUUUGUAUAACUCUGCGCGUUUAGAGUCAUUGCUUCGCCGUUUUGAUGAGAAGGUGGAUAAUGGUGAUUACGAAGGUCUGCCGCCCAUAGAUAGUAUUGACUUCACUUUGCUCGAUGAAGAAGAAGAAUGGCAACUAGUGUUUUGUUAUAUAUUUGCCUUCCCGAACCUUAUUGAGACUUGUCUGGAACAGUUACAAAAAGGAAUAUGUGGUGUUCAUACUAUCGUCAGAUUCCUUGGCGAUUUCACUGCACUCUUUAGUGUAUACUAUCGACGAAUUCGAAUUUUAACGCAAGAAACGCGACAGCACUUAAUGCCUUACGUAUAUGCCCGUAUAUAUCUGGUGAAAGCAGUUCGAGAAAUUCUUAAUAAAGCAUUGGCUCUGCUUGAUAUCGAACCGGUUCAUUUUAUGUGAUCAAUUGUUCAAAUUUUUGUGUGCCGAAUUAUAAUUUUGUAAAAAAUUACUUUAUGUAUAUAUAAUAUAUUGAAUAACCCAGAUUUUUACAUAUCUAAUGCUCUAGUACGUAUGCAAGAAAAACUACAUACUUAAAUAUAUGAAAUUCUUAUAAAUAUUUGCGUACAAAAACUAUUGAAACAAUAACUUAAAAUCUGCAUGUAAAUUCUUAUCUCUAAACAUAAGUAUGUACUGUUCCAAUGCAAAGCAUUUUUCAGGAUAGCCUUAAAGCUACAGCUUACAAUUAAAUACAUAUGUAUGCGUUUUAUACCUGUAUAA